AUGGAUGUGAUUCAGAAACUAGUUGUGAAACACUUUUUCAUCAACAAAAACGUUACAUCCCCUUUGGUGAUGGAUUUCUUGUUUAAGGGGUUAAAUUCUCUUGUUUUGGAUACCAACAAGGAAAAAAUAAUAAUCACAAUCUCAAAACAAAUUGUGAGGCUCCUCAAGGAUGAUUCGAAUGCUUCGGAAAAUACAUUGAAGACUCUUGAAGACGAGCCUAAGAAAGAGAUAGCAUUUGAUACCAAAGAAUUGGCAGUUCCCAUUGUUAGUGUGGACAAUGAUAUGUUUGUUUUAGCUGAUGAUGCGAUGUUACUCCUGGAGAAAGCCGUUCUUGAGCCAUUUCCAGGUGAAAGGGUUCCUCCAAACCGUAUAGAGGUUGAUUAUGACGAAGAGAGUGAUGAUGAGAAGCUGUUAACUGAAUAUGCUAGACACACUCUGGAGGUAUUUGUUCUUGAUUAUAUCUUCUGCAACAAAAUUGAAAUUGCAUAUAAAGAAGCCAUUGCACUGAAAAUGCAUGAGGAGCAUUCGUGA